AAUGUGGGGGAGGGUUGAGGAUUCUUUCACUGGGGGCCUAAGUCUUUAAAAAGAGCUCUGUUGCCACAGACCAUAGUCCAGUGUGAUGGUGUAAGUGCUCUGCACAGAAUGGAGGUUCCCCACCUGGAGCACAAGAGGCUUCGCAGAUGUGAUAGCGCAGCUUCGGUUCCUCAGCUCUGUAACUCUCCCACAAUGAUUGUGAUGGUGGGGCUGCCAGCCAGAGGGAAGACGUACAUCUCCACAAAGCUCACCCGCUACCUGAAUUGGAUUGGAGUUCCGACCAAAAUGUUCAACGUGGGCCAGUACAGAAGACAGGCCGUCAAAACAUAUAAGAACUUUGAGUUUUUUAGGUCUGAUAAUGAGGAAGCUAUGCAGAUUCGAAAGGCUUGUGCAUCAGCUGCCCUCAAAGAUAUUGCUACUUAUUUCACAAAGGAACAAGGACAAGUAGCCGUGUUUGAUGCUACCAACACCACCAGGGAGAGACGUGUAGUCAUUAUGAGCUUUGCCAAGGAGAGAGGCUACAAAGUGUUUUUUGUGGAAUCAAUCUGUGAUGAUCCUGAAAUCAUUAUAGAAAAUAUCAAGCAAGUAAAGUUUGGGAGUCCAGAUUAUGUGGAUCGUGACAUAGAUGAAGCCAUUGACGACUUCAUUCAGCGCAUCGAGUGUUAUAAGGCCAGUUACAUACCCAUAGAUGACGACAAAGACAGAAAGCUCUCCUACAUAAAAAUCUUCGAUGUGGGCAGCCGAUACCUGGUGAACAGAGUCCAGGACCACAUCCAGAGCCGGAUCGUGUACUACCUCAUGAACAUCCACGUCACACCCCGGUCCAUCUACCUCAGCCGCCACGGGGAGAGUGAGCUCAACCUGACAGGACGCAUUGGUGGAGACUCUGGCUUAUCGCCCAGAGGACUGAAGUAUGCGGCUGCCUUGGCAACCUUCAUUAAAGGUCAGAAUAUCAAAGACCUGAAGGUGUGGACGAGUCACAUGAAGAGGACAGUCCAGACUGCAGAGGUUCUGGGAGUCCAGUACGAGCAGUGGAAGGCUCUGAAUGAGAUCGAUGCGGGCGUGUGUGAGGAGUUAACAUACGAGGAGAUUCAGGAGAAAUUCCCCACAGAGUUUGCUCUGAGAGACCAGGACAAGUAUCGUUAUCGGUACCCAAAGGGUGAGUCCUACGAGGAUCUUGUUCAUCGUUUAGAGCCGGUCAUCAUGGAACUGGAACGGCAGGAAAAUGUUCUGGUUAUCUGCCACCAGGCUAUAAUGCGCUGCUUGUUGGCCUAUUUCCUGGACAAAGCUGCAGAUGAGCUUCCUUAUCUAAGAUGUCCCCUUCACACAGUGCUCAAGCUCACACCCGUGGCCUACGGCUGCAAAAUGGAAUCAUGUUUUCUUAAUAUUGAGGCAGUCAACACCCACAGAGACAGACCAGUGAAUGUCAGCAUAAGCAGAAGUCCUGAGGAAGCUCUGCAGACUCUUCCUACCGACAUCUAAUGCUGUGGGUUCACUGCACCAUCUAAUGGACACCGACAGGAAAAGGGGACAAAGCUAAUGUGAAAAAACUCCAGAUGCAUGUGGGUUCACAAGGACGUUAUUUACAGUAUAGACUGACUAAUAUAUUAUAAAAUAUAAUAAAUCUAUUUAUUUUCCAUCUCAUCGUCUUCUUAGUCUCACAUUGCAGAUCUUAGAUCUGUGUAACAUUAAUUUUAGGUUUUGUUACAAAUGAAUGGUUAAAAAUGAAAAAUGCAAGAGUUUUUUUUGUGGAAUGAUGUCUGAAAUAAAGUUUUGAUUCUAAACCUUUAAAA